UUGGUUGAUAUCAAUUUGCUAUUAAAUUUGAUAGGUAUAAAUACAAUCUUUGAGGAAAAUAUUUAACACUUUUGGAAAUAUGAAAUGCUGUUCAGGGUUUUGUAAGUUGUUCCAAGUACUAUGUUUACCGCCUUGUCCUCGCAACAUCAUAGAGCAUGCUGCAUUUCAGCCGCCUUCACCAACCUACGAAGUUCAGUUAGACAGCAAAUCCUCCAAAUAUUCAUUUAAAAUAACCAGGCCAAGCUUGCAUCGUAGGUUAAAAUGGUUUUACCGCUGUGAUAUUCCGAAGGACAUUGAUGUGUUCUACGCAGACACCAAAUACUCCUCAAAAAUCUUGUGUGUUUAUUACGCAGUAACACCAGCUGUUAAAACCACAAUCUUGUAUUCCCACGGGAACGCAUCAGAUCUCGGGACUGUGGCUAUGGUUUGCGUAUGGCUCGCGCGUAAAUUAAAUUGCAACUUUCUUGCUUACGACUACACAGGUUAUGGAAGAAGCACAGGAAGACCUUCGGAAAAGAAAAUUUACGCGGACAUAGAAACAGCCUACAACAUUCUCUUGGAGAAAUACAACUGUGACCCAAAAGAUAUUGUUUUGCUUGGUCAGAGCUUGGGUUCAGCCCCGACGUUGGAGUUAGCCACCAAAGUGUCGGUCGGAGGCGUUAUUGUACAGUCAGGGUUUUUGUCGGCCUUCAAUGUGGCUUUUCCUCGAGAGGAACCUAGACAGUUGUGCUGCGACUUGUUUAACAAUGGAGGGAAGAUAGCCAAAGUAACUUGUCCAGUGUUGGUGAUUCAUGGAACUGACGAUGAUGUGAUCAACAUGUCUCACGGACUCAACAUUUACGAGAGGAGUCCGAACGCUGUAGAGCCACUGUGGCUGGAAGGAGCCGGACACAAUGAUGUUGAGUCAUAUGUGCAGUUCACCGAGCGGAUCAGGAGGUUCUUGGAGGUUGAAUUAUCACACGGACAUUGCUAUGUUGAUGAUUGUACUGAGAAAACACCCUGAAAAGAUUCUCCCUUGUUGGUGAAAUGAUAUUGAUUUUUUGAGUAAAGCGUUUUAAAAUUU